AUGGAGCAAACCCCAAAUUCUCCUGAUAUCGUCCAGGACAUCAACAAGAAGGAGGAUGGCUCAGCUUAUCAAGAGCGUGUAUCCAUAAGUAAUGGGCAAAUGAGCGACAAUAUGGCUCCCAACACGGACAUGGAAACGGCGAUCCAGCAUUCAGUCAACCAUCGCAAGUUGAACUCGAGGCAGAUCCAGCUGUUUGCCGUCGCCGGUGCUAUCGGCAACACCCUCUUCGUGAGUAUCGGCAAAGGCCUUCUCGCCGGGCCACUCGCUCUACUUGUUGGCUUCCUCCUUUGGGGCUCUGUCAUCUUCUGCAUGGCGCAGUGUCAGAUCGAGAUCGUGUCGCUGUUGCCCAUCGAUGGCGCUCCCAUCCGCCUCGCUGGGCGCAUGAUCGACCCAGCCGUCGGAGUGGCUGCCGGAUGGAAUUACUUCUUUGUGAUGAUCUCAUACGUCAUGUUCGAAGCGACUAUCAUAAACACCAUCGUCACCUACUGGGGCUACGGCCAGUCGCCUGCCAUUCUCAUCUCAGCCACGCUGCUGUUCUUCUUCUUGAUUAACGUGUAUCGAGCUGAUCUCUUUGGCGAGUUUGAAUUCUGGGUGGCAUUCGUCAAGAUCCUCCUUGCCAUCGGUCUCAUGCUGUUCACUUUGACUGUCAUGCUGGGCGGGAACCCCAUGCACGAUCGUUUUGGCUUCCGGUACUGGCAGAACCCGGGGCCGUGGGUCGGCAACACGGCGCCGACACGCCUGCAGUCAUUUGUCAACGGAGUCAACGUUGCCGGAUACUGUAUAGGAGGGCCGGAGUACCUCUCAAUGGUGGCCGGCGAGUCCAAGGAUCCCCGACGCGUCAUUCCGCGCGCCUUCAGGACCAUCAUCUACCGCCUGAUCAUCUUCUGCAUCGGCGGCUGCAUCUGCGUAGGCAUCCUCGUGCCGUCCAACGACCCGAAACUGACGGCAGGCACCGGGGGCUUUGCGGGCGGCUCGCCAUAUGUCAUCUCCAUGCAGCGCCUUAACAUACCCAUUAUGCCUUCUAUCGUUACCUGCUGCCUGCUGACAUUCGUUGUCUCCGGGGGCAUCAACUUCACCUUCAACGCCUCGCGGGCUCUGCAUGCCCUGGCACUGGACGGUCAGGCGCCAAAGUUCUUGCGCCGCCUAAACAGGCACGGUGUUCCGGAUAUGGCCGUCAUUGUAGUCAUCCUGCUCUCUUGCCUCGCCUAUCUGGCAUUGGGGUCUGGUAGCGCGAAGGUGCUCAACUGGCUGUUGAAUUUCAGCACCGCAUCCGCCAUGUUCUACUGGACCAUCAUGUCUAUGACAUGGAUCCGCUUCAACUCCGCCAUGAAGGCACAGGGCAUCGACAGGAAAACCUUUCUGCCCACCGUGUCACGAUGGCAGCCCUUUGCGGGAUACUGGGCUUUCGGCUGGUCGUUUCUCUUCCUUUGGAUUCAGGGCUACGCCGUCUUCCUCCAUGGCAACUGGCAGGUGUCGACCUUCAUCUUCAACUACGGCAUAAUUGCCUUUGCAACCGUGAUUGGCAUUAUUUGGAAGCUCGUCAAGCGCACUCGGUUCCAUCGCAGUAAGGAGAUCGACCUCCAUUCGGGGCUCGACUUCUUCGAGGCCUUGUCGGAUCAUUACCGCCGCGAGCGCGAGGGUGCACCGCAGAACCUCAAGGACAAGGUCUUGGCGAAGCUGUUCUAA